AUGAACACGUGUAACAGUAAACUAAAAGAGUUAUCUUCGCUUUGUCGUGGAUGUCUUACCGAUUGUGGCGAAAUGAAAAAUAUGGUUCAACAUGGCCUGAUAGAAGAUUUUUAUAAGUUUAGUGACAUACAGGUUAAUGAAAUGGACAGAUUGUCUGAUCUGCUAUGUGUUACUUGCGAGGAUGUGUUAAUGGAGUGUAGGAGGUUUCGCUCUCAGUGCCAGCAGUCGGAUAUCAUUCUCCGGAGCAAUAUGAAGAACAACAGUACGAUAUUAGAACAGAAAAACAAUGUCAAUGGAAAAUCGAAUGAGUCGCAGAAUGAUCAAAUGAAUAAUGUUUUGUGCACUCUAUACGAUAAAAAGUUGGUAGUAAUGAUAACAGCACCGGACAUGAACUCGAAAAUUAUUCUACAUUGCCCAUAUCAAUGUUCAGAAGGUUUUCUGAAGAAACCAGAGCUGCUGAACCAUUUGGUAAAGAAACACGCAGUUGAAAGCGAUUUCCUUAUAGAACUACAAUAUUAUUGCUUCAUCGAAGAGUGCUCCUACCACUUAAACUCCGGAAAGAGUAAAUAUUUUUCCGGGAGAAAGUUCCUCAAUCAACACUACAACAAAGUUCAUCGAAGUAAAGCAUUCAGCUGUGCCGUAUGCAAAUUUAGCUUCACCACGGAAUCGGCCUACGCGAGACAUUUGAAGACGUGUAAUUAUACAUACGAGUGCCUUGUUUGCAACCGUGUUUACACAACGAAUGAGAAACUGCUGGUUCAUUUAAUGAGACAUCACCCGUCAUAUCACAAACAAUACAAGAACGAGAGGAAGGCGGAGAAGCGGAAAUUGAAAAUGGCGUCAGAAGCGAAGAAAGUUAGAGUCGAGUUUGAAAGAUCUUACAUCUGCGAUAGUCCGAAGAGAUCGUUCGCGACUCAGACUUUGAAAGCUGAAGAAAAUAUAAAGAAUGAUAUUACCUUACCAUCGUGGAUUGAAAAGAGUGAUGGAUACGAAACGAAAACCGAUGAAAUAUCGACACAAACCGUUUUCGAAGAUUUGCUGUCAUUGAAAUCGCAAGCAAGCGAAGACGAGUCUAUAUAUUUCUCGGAAAAUGUUUCACUAUCAGAUAUCCAAACCCAAACGUUUCCAGUCGAGUUCGGACUGAGUAGAUCAAACAAAGAAACUAUAACAUCCGAGACGCAAUCUCCAGAUCUGAGCAUAAAGGAAACACAAACGUGUUUCUGCCUGUACGAUUCGCCAAAGUUCAAUUUUAAACUUUUCGAGAGUGUAUCUUCGAGUCCGGUUAUGAAUUUGACUUCGACGGAGACUCAGACGGCUGAUUUUGGUUCCAAUAUAGACACGGAUAUGUUACUUGGUUGCAAUACAGCGGAAACCCAGACGAGUUUCGAGGAUUAUUUGAAUAAAGAAGAUUUAUGA